CAACAAAUGAGAAAAAAGCCGCAUGCAUCUACCCCUCCAACAACACCAUCGCCAUCAUCACAAACAACACGGAAGCACCUUCACAUAUCGCCCCCCCCCCCCAACUUGUUGGAGAGAGCUGUGCGUGUGCGUGCGAGUUGUUGAGUGCUGCAACCACUAGGGAGGCGGUAGAAGAAUAGAGCAACCAUGGGAACGCUGUGGCGGUCGCAGGAGAUGGGGAGGGCCAAGCUGUUUGUGCCCUCCGAGGUCUCGUACGAGGUCGUCAGCGCCCUCGGCGACAUUGGCCUUGUCCAGUUCAUCGACGCCAACCCGGACCUGAACGCGUUCCAGCGCAAGUUUGUGAACGAGGUUCGCCGCUGCGAUGAGAUGGAGCGCAAGCUGCGCUUCUUCGAGUCCGAGAUUGAGAAGCUGAAGCUGGAGAUCAACGGUGCCGAGGAAGCUGCAAGCAUGCCCGCUCCCGACAUGAAGGGCAUGCACAGCAUGGAGGCAGAGUUUGACAGACUCGAGCGCGAGAUGAAGGAGAUCAACAACAACGAGCAGGUGCUCAAGAAGCAGAACCUGGAGCUCACGGAGCUGCACGAGAUUCUCAACCGCACUGCCAUGUUCUUCGACGAGGCAGAGAGCGCAACAGCCGCCCUGUCCGCGGACACUGCAGACUCCUCCAACACGCCGCUGCUUGAGGCUGACGAGCGCUCCGGGCAGCUUGCGUUUGUGACGGGUGUGAUUGCGCGCGAGCGUGUGCCCGGCUUUGAGCGCCUGCUGUGGCGCGCGUGCCGCGGUAACGUGUUCCUGCGUCGCGUGCCCAUUGACGAACCCGUGCACGACCCGACAACUGGCGACGAGAUCCACAAGGAGGUCUUCAUCGUCUUCUACCAGGGUGAACAGCUCGGCAACCGCGUCAAGAAGAUCUGCGAGGGGUAUGAUGCGACCAUCUACCCGUGCCCAAACCUUCCCUCCAAGCGCCGUGAGCUUCGCGAGGGCGUCAAGACCCGUAUCCUCGACCUCCAGAACGUGCUGCACCGCACGGAAGACCACCGCCGGCACGUGUUGUCCACCAUUGCCUUCAAGCUCGGCGGCUGGAUUGUCCAGGUCAAGAAGAUCAAGGCAAUCUUCCACACCAUGAACAAGUUCAACGUCGAUGGCACUCGCAAGAGCCUGAUUGCGGAGGUGUGGUAUCCGCUUGCGCGCGUUGAUGAGAUUCAGCAUGCGCUGCGCGUGGGCACGUCCCGCGCCGGCAGCGACAUGCAGGCCAUCCUUAACGACAUUCCCCACGACAGCAAGCCCCCGACGGCCUACUUCACCACCAAGUUCACACGCGGGUUCCAGUCCAUUGUCGAUGCGUACGGUGUUGCAACAUACCGCGAGGUCAACCCAGGUCCCUUUACCAUCAUCACCUUCCCGUUUCUGUUUGCGGUGAUGUUUGGCGACCUCGGCCACGGCUUCCUGAUGAUGCUUGUCGCGCUUAUGCUCGUCCUCAAGGAGAAGUCGCUCAAGAACUUUGACGGCGGCGAGAUUUGGGACACCAUGUUCAACGGCCGUUACAUCAUCCUCCUCAUGGGCCUCUUCUCCAUGUACACCGGCUUUGUCUACAAUGACAUCUUCUCAAAGGCCCUCUCCUUUGGCAGCGGGUGGUCCAUCUCUGAAGAGGAGAUUCCCAUGAACAUCACUGGCAGCGCCACGCUUGAGCUUCGCGCUCCUUACCUUGAUCUGAACGGCACGCUUCACAAUGGCGACCUCAGGCACGCGUACGCCUUUGGCAUCGACCCCAUGUGGCAAGUCUCCGAGAACAAGCUGACGUUUACCAACUCGUACAAGAUGAAGCUCUCCGUCAUCCUCGGCGUCCUUCAGAUGCUCUUUGGUGUCGUCCUCAGCCUCUUCAACCACAGGUUCUUCAAGAAGUCGCUUCGCAUCUGGCACGAGUUCAUCCCGCAAACGCUCUUCCUCAGCUGCAUCUUCGGCUAUCUUGUGAUUUGCAUUCUGUACAAGUGGUCGACGCCGCUGGACGAUUUCCCCAACCAGAGCGCGCCCUCGCUGCUGAUUAUGCUCAUCAACAUGUUCCUCCGCUUUGGUCUGCCCCCGCCCAAGGAGCAGGUCCUCUACGGCGACAAGGAGGGUAACCUGCAAGGCAAGGUGCAGAUGGCGCUCGUUGUGAUUGCGGUGGUGUGCGUCCCCUGGAUGCUCCUUACCCGGCCCCUCAUCCUCCGAUCACGCCAGAAGCGCCGCGAACGCGAGGCUGAAGCCCGUGUGCGUGCAGGCAUGCUGCAGGGAAGCGACGACGACCACGACGAUGGCCAUGGCGACGAAGAGCACUCGUUUGGCGAGAUGAUGGUGCACCAGGCCAUCCACACGAUUGAGUUUUGCCUUGGCUGCAUCUCCAACACGGCGUCAUACCUUCGCCUGUGGGCCCUGUCGCUUGCGCACGCCCAGCUGUCCGAGGUGCUGUGGGACAUGGUGCUGCACAACGGCUUUACCAGCUGGUACCUCCUCUUUUGCGCAUUUGCCGUCUGGGCCGUCCUCACCAUUGGCGUUCUCCUCAUCAUGGAGGGCUUGUCUGCGUUCCUGCACGCGUUGCGUCUGCACUGGGUCGAGUUCCAGAACAAGUUCUACGAUGGCAACGGCUAUCUCUUCACCCCCUUCCACUUUGAGCGCGUGCUCAAGGGCCAGGAUGAUGACGCAGCGUAGACGAGUGGCCCUCUUUUAGUUUCUCUUUUGUCUUGCCUCCCCAGCACACACCUCCACACACUUUCGCCUCGGCGCUGUUGGCUACGUGCCAUGCACACACACACAUGCACACACAUGCAUACACUCAUACGCCCACACAUGAUGUUCCCCUUUCCUUUGUGUUUAUGUUUGUUCUGAGACUACGAAGACCUGAGACUCUCCCUCCCCACACCUGUGUCAACAACAACAUGUUCGCACCACCACCACCACCAACAACAACAACAACAACAACAACAACAACAACAACAACAACAACCAAACACUGUGCUCACUCAAGUAAACUACCCACACCUCGA